GCUGAAGUGCGUUUCAGAGACUGAAUCAUGAAGAACAGAAAAGCUCACUGGGAGUGGUGCGGACAUUGUGCAAUAUGCGAAUAGGACACGUUAUGUGCGCUCUUGUUGCCUCUGUGGAGUUAUAAUGCAGCUGCUCACAGACCCUGCUGCUGACCUCCAUGAAGUGUUCAAGCUCAGAUAAAGUCGGACAGACACUGUAAACGGAUACUGGGAACACGUACAGGACAAACCCGCAGAAUAAGAGUGUGAUUGUAAUACUGGAGGAGAGAUGGGGAACGCUGGGAGUAUGAACCAACACACGGACCCCCGAGGACACCACAUGCCCCUCAAACUGCCCAUGCCCGAGCCGGCGGAGCUGGAGGAGAGAUUUGCGCUCGUUCUGAACUCAAUGAACUUACCUCCAGACAAAGCAAGAUUACUACGGCAGUACGACAAUGAGAAGAAAUGGGAACUCAUUUGUGAUCAGGAACGAUUCCAGGUGAAGAAUCCUCCUCACACAUACAUCCACAAGUUACAGAGUUAUCUUGACCCGGCCGUGACCAGAAAGAAGUUCAGGAGGAGAGUGCAGGAGUCGACGCAGGUCCUGCGGGAGCUGGAAAUCUCAUUACGAACCAAUCACAUCGGGUGGGUGCGGGAGUUCCUGAAUGAGGAGAAUAAGGGUUUGGAUGUGUUGGUGGAGUAUCUUUCGUUUGCACAGUAUGCUGUCACGUAUGAUGGUGACAGUUCUGAGAACAGCACAGAUAACUCGGUGGAUAAAUCUAAAGCCUGGAGUCGAUCGAUUGAAGAUCUGCAUGGAGGGAACAGCCUCUCAUCAGCUGUCACAGGCAACAGCAUCUCCAGAACCAGCAGACAUUCAACGUUAAGGUCUAAUAAUACGUUAUCCAGCCGGAGGACAUUGAAGAAUUCCAGAUUAGUCUGUAAGAAAGACGAUGUCCAUGUGUGCAUCAUGUGCCUACGAGCCAUCAUGAACUACCAGUAUGGCUUCAACAUGGUCAUGUCUCACCCUCAUGCUGUGAAUGAAAUUGCACUGAGUCUGAACAAUAAGAAUCCCAGGACUAAAGCUCUGGUGCUGGAGCUGCUGGCCGCCGUGUGUCUGGUUCGAGGAGGUCAUGAGAUCAUUCUCUCAGCUUUUGAUCACUUUAAAGAGGUGUGUUCAGAAGAUCAGCGGUUUGAGAAACUCAUGGAGCAUUUCAAGAAUGAAGAUAAUAAUAUCGACUUCAUGGUUGCCUGUAUGCAGUUCAUUAACAUUGUGGUUCAUUCUGUGGAAGACAUGAAUUUUAGAGUGCACUUACAGUACGACUUCACAAAGCUGGGCUUGGACGAAUAUCUGGACAAACUGAAGCACACCGAGAGUGAUAAACUGCAUGUGCAGAUUCAAGCGUACCUGGAUAACGUGUUCGAUGUCGGGGCUCUGUUGGAGGACGCCGAGACCAAGAACGCAGCGCUGGAGAGAGUGGAGGAACUUGAGGAGAACAUGUCUCAUCUGACAGAGAAGUUGCAGGACACAGAGAAUGAGGCGAUGGCGAAAAUCGUUGAGCUGGAGAAACAACUCAUGCACAGAAAUAAAGAGCUGGAGUCUAUUCGGGAGGUGUAUAAAGACGCCAGCUCUCAGGUGCACACACUACGGCGGAUGGUGAAGGAGAAGGACGAGGCCAUUCAGAGGCAGUGCAACCUGGAGAAGAAGAUCCACGAGCUGGAGAAACAGGGAACCAUCAAGAUCCAGAAGAAAGGGGAUGGGGACAUAGCCAUCCUGGCGUCCCCUCCUCCGGGGAACGGGCAUCUACCAGGGUCAGAGGGUGUAGUUGGGCUGUCCGGUGAGGGCCUGGUCAGUCACACAGGUGUGGCUAACGGGACGGCUCAUGGUGUGUCCAUGCCUGAACCUCCACCACCCCCUCCUCCUAUGCCGGCGACAGUACCAAACGGUCUCUCUGCUGCUCCAGCACCAGCACCCCCUCCUCCUCCUCCUCCUCCUCCUCCUCCUCUUCCAGGUCCUGGUGUGGAUAUAUCUGCCCCAAUGCCUCCUCCACCCCCCCCAAUGGCCCCUCCACUUCCAGGCUGCGGAUCACCAACCGUCAUCAUGAACUCAGGACUGGCAGCUGUGAAGAUUAAGAAACCCAUCAAGACUAAGUUCCGUAUGCCGGUGUUUAAUUGGGUGGCGCUGAAACCCAAUCAGAUCAACGGCACUGUGUUCAACGAGAUCGAUGACGAGAGAAUACUUGAGGAUCUGAAUGUGGAUGAGUUUGAGGAGAUGUUUAAGACGAAAGCACAGGGUCCAGCCAUAGACCUCACCUCCAGCAAACAGAAGACCUCUCAGAAAGGACCAAACAAAAUCUUGCUGCUGGACUCCAACAGGGCUAAAAACCUGGCCAUCACCCUCAAAAAAGUGGGCAAGACAUCAGAGGAGAUCUGCAGAGCCAUCCAAGUGUUUGACCUGCGGACGUUGCCGGUGGAUUUCGUGGAGUGUUUGAUGAGGUUCAUUCCAACGGAAGCGGAGCUGAAAGUUCUGCGUCAGUACGAGAAGGAACGCAAACCUCUGGAGAACCUGACAGACGAGGAUCGCUUCAUGAUCCAGUUCAGCAAGAUCGAGCGUCUCAUGCAGAAGAUGACCAUCAUGGCAUUCCUGGGGAACUUCACCGAGAGCGUUCAGAUGCUCACUCCGCAACUUCAUGCCGUUAUUGCAGCAUCGGUCUCUAUUAAGUCCUCUCAAAAACUCAAGAAGAUUCUGGAAAUCAUCCUGGCUCUGGGGAACUACAUGAACAGCAGUAAAAGAGGAGCGGUGUACGGCUUCAAACUGCAGAGCUUAGACCUGUUAUUAGACACUAAAUCAACAGAUCGCAAGGUCACUCUUCUGCACUAUAUAGCAAAUGUAGUGAAGGAAAAAUACCAGCAGGUGUCGCUCUUCUAUAAUGACCUGAACUAUGUGGAGAAAGCUGCCGCAGUGUCUCUAGAGAAUGUCUUGUUAGACGUGAAGGAGAUGCAGAGAGGGAUGGAUCUGACCAGGAGAGAGUACAGCAUGCACGGCCACAACACAAUGCUCAAAGACUUCAUACAGCAGAAUGAGAAUAAACUCAAAAAACUUCAGGACGAUGCCAAGAUCGCUCAGGAUGCCUUUGAUGAAGUGGUGAAAUUCUUUGGAGAAAAUGCCAAAACAACACCACCGUCUGUGUUUUUCCCAGUGUUUGUGCGCUUUGUGAGAGCAUACCGGCAAGCAGAGGAGGAUAAUGAACAGAGGAAAAGACAUGAGCAGAUGAUGAUGGAGAAGCUGAUUGAGCAAGAAGCUAUGAUGGAGCAAGAGGAUCAGAAGUCUCCCUCUCAUAAGAAUAAGCGUCAGCAGCAGGAGUUGAUCGCAGAGCUGAGGAAGAAGCAGGUGAAGGACAGCAGACACGUGUAUGAGGGUAAAGACGGAGCCAUCGAGGACAUUAUCACAGCCUUAAAGAAGAAUAAUAUUACUAAAUUUCCCAAUGUGCACUGGAGGGUAAGGAACUCUUCCAGUAGUACCCCACUGGAUGCUACUCAGACCUGAUCUGAGAAACCAGCCGUACAGGCGCGCUGACGCCGUCAGGAGGAGCGUUCGAAGACGAUUUGAUGAUCAGAAUUUGCGGCCAAUCAACAGUGCAGAGAUGGUCAUGUGACGAGGGCAAAGGGGAUGUGAUUGGAUGGGCUGGAGGAGUGGAGGUGGAGCUAACUGCUCCCGAACAAAAUAAUGAAGGACUGAUGAAGAUGACAGCAGGUCUGAAAGUCAAGUGCCUAUAUUUAACAUCUGUCCCAUCAGGUGUUGAAUCAUACAUGUGUUUUAGUCAUAGUCUUCUGUCUGUGAUUUAUUUUUAUAUGACAAACAGUGUCUUUUAUCCUAUGGCGCUUAAAAUGUAGAUGGCGAGAUCGUGUUUUUCUCAAGAAAGUGUCAGAAUGUAAAACUGUUCCAACACUUUAUGUAUCAUGAACCUGUACAAAGGCCUCUUACAUUCCAGUGCUUUCGCCCCAGAUCAAAAUCGACCAAUCGUGUGUUCUCUGAAUGACUAAUCUAUUAGUCGGUCUUAAAGAAGCCCUGCAUUGGGUCCGUCAGACCCUGUUUUUUAUCGGGCUGGUCACAUGGUGCACAUUCUUGUCUUUAAAGAAAAACGGAAGGAGCCCAAUAGGUUGGAAUGCAGCUUGAGAAGCAUUUUGAAAAGUUUAACUACGUUAAAUGUUGUAAAAAUGCAAUGUCGAUUGGCUUGAUAUGGUGCAUUAUCUGUGACUCAACGGUCAAAGAUAAUAACAAGAACAUUUCUCACAGAAGGUGGUUUGAAGUCCAGUAGUUAAGUAUUUAAAUGUGUUGUUGAUGAAUUUGUUACAUAAAUGGUGCUAUAAAGGAUGAAUUUGGAGACGUGGCUUCUGAAAGAGGGUUUUACCGUGCCG